AUGUUGUCCAGUAUCGCGAGAUUGGGAUGGAAAUCACCCUUGCGGACACUCAGUCCGUCUGUACGAUAUGUGUCUUUGAAUUCGGCUAUUGGAAGAGGAAUCCGCCGGGAAGCAGGGUACUCAGAUGAGAGGGAUGGAAGAGAGAACGAAAGAAGAGGCCGCGAUUCCCGAUUCUCAAAAGAUCAGUACGAGCCACGACAAUAUGGGAAACGACAAUCAAGGGAAUCAAAUGAUGCACACUCCAAUCGCAGGCAAAAUUUCCGGAAAUCCAAUGAUUCCCCUUUCACACCAAGAGCACAAUCUGAGCCGUUCCCCGAUUCAUCUAAUCAAGGUCGACGAUUUGUGCGCCAAGACAGGCCUGCUUACACUGAGUUCGAUGAAGACAAGUUUAUUCGAACUGGCAGUUUCCAAGCCCUACCUCGUGAACACCAGUCACAAUUCCGCGAGCGCGAGCCCCGUCGUGACCGUGAUACCUCAUUCGGUGACCGCAAGCCUACAUUCCGAGAACAUGGAAACCCAUUUCAUGACCGCGAGCCAAGAUUCCGCGAGCGCGAACCCCGCCGUGACCGUGAUACCCCAUUUGGUGAACGCAAGCCUAAUUUCCGAGAACGUGAAUACUCGGUUCGUGACCGUGAGCCAAGAUUCGACCGGCGUCAAGAUACAGACUUCGAAAGACUAUCACGAGUCAAGCCCGAAGAACCCAAGGAGAAAGAAUCCAAGUCGCGAGCGCACAAGGUGACUCGCGGUAUGCCUGAACGAGUCAAGGAGAACGUCAAGGUUCCGGACACGAUUCCCUAUACUACACCAGCGUCCGAGUUCAUCUAUGGAACCAGUGCCGUGGAAGCAGCACUGCGUUGUAGCCGACGUCAACUGUACAAACUCUACAUCUACCAAGCGGUAGAGGAAGAGCUGAGCGCAGGAAAGGUCACAAUCCGCAAACUGGCACUAUCCAAGAACGUUGAAGUCAAGAUGGCAUUUGCAGGAUGGGAUCGCCUCAUGGACAAGAUGAGCGCAGGACGACCCCACAAUGGAUGCAUUCUAGAGGCAUCACCCCUGCCCAAGCUGCCCGUGCGUGGUUUCCAGGCCGUCGACUCUAUAUCCGAAGAGAGCUUCCGAGUCGAGCUGGCACCCCAAACUCGGGAAGAAGCUGCGGUAAAUGGCACCGAUGAUCGCGUCCCGAUUCAUCAACCUUCACCCCCGCAUGAAGAUCGGCGAUACCCCGUUGCACUUCUGCUAGAUGGAGUCGUCGAUCCUGGUAAUAUGGGUGCUAUCAUACGCUCGUCAUAUUUCCUGGGGAUCGAUGCUAUUGUCUUGGCGGGCCGAAACUCCGCGCCUUUGUCCCCUGUGACCAUCAAGGCGUCUGCCGGUGCAGCCGAGAAUAUGCCCAUUCUACACGUGAGAAACGAAGUCGAUUUCAUUCAACGGUCGCAGAAGAAUGGCUGGAAAUUCUACGCCGCUGAUGCGCCCGGGCCCGGCUCUGUCUAUCUGGAUGGGGCCGAUGGCAAUCUGCCAAUCAUGACCUCCCCCAGCGUGGUGAUGAUGGGCAGUGAGGGGUCUGGAUUAAGCUCGCAUAUCAAGUCGCAUGCCGAUGCGACAGUUAGCAUUCCGGGGGCUCGUCAUAGCCCUGUGCUUGGCGUUCAGUCCGACCCAGCCCGUAUCGACAGUCUGAAUGUGAGUGUUGCAGCGGCACUCCUGAUGGAGAAGUUCCUACGAACUCCACUCGCAGUGGCGGAAACCCCAAAGAAAGAGAAGAAGGAGACUGUUAAGAUGUGGUGA